AUGGUCACCACCAUCUUGUGCUCCUUCUGGGUCCAUGUGGUCACCACCAUCUUGUGCUCCUGGGUCCAUGUGGACACCACCAUCUUGUGCUCCUGGGUCCAUAUGGUCACCACCAUCUUGUGCUCCUUCUGGGUCCAUGUGGUCACCACCAUCUUGUGCUCCUGGGUCCAUGUGGACACCACCACCACCACCACCACCUCUUGCUCCUUCUGCGUCCCCCUCCACCUCCUCCUCCUUGAGGACCAUCUCCCGCUCCUCCUCCCUCCAGGCACCGCUGCCCACGCAGCUCCUCCAGCAGAACCCAUCCAUCCCAGCGCUGAAGAAGAAGAGGAGGAGGAGGAUCCCCUGCCCACACUGGAAGAGGUGGCCCGCCGGACCAACACCAUUUACCAGGAGCUCCCCGCAUCCAGCAGUGACCAGGACGGAGCCGAGCUCGCUGAGCCAACUCCAUACCUGGACGUGCAGCGCCCGCCCUAUGAGCCCCCCACACCUCCGGCACCCGUGGAGCCCCUCUACAGCUUGGGGCCGGAUGGGAAGCCACGAGAGACCCCCAGGGAGGUGCUGGACGCGCUCUCUGAGUUGGGCUACAGCUCCUUUCGGCCCGGCCAGGAGGUGGCCAUCAUGAGGAUCCUCUCAGGGCUCUCCACGUUGGUCGUGCUCCCCACGGGGAUGGGGAAAUCGCUGUGCUAUCAGCUGCCUGCCUUCCUGUACCACAAACGCUCGCGGAGCAUCGCGCUGGUGGUUUCCCCGUUGGUGUCGCUGAUGGAUGACCAGGUCUCCGGCCUCCCCCCGUGCCUCCGCGCCGUCUGCGUUCACUCGCACCUGAGCCGUGCACAGCGGGAUGCGGCCCUGCGCCGCGUGCAGGAAGGCUCGGCUCAGGUGCUGCUGCUUUCCCCCGAAGCCCUGGUGGGCGCCGGCUCCUCGGGCUCCUGCUGCCUGCCCCCGGCCCACCAGCUGCCCCCCGUGGCCUUCGCCUGCAUCGACGAGGCGCACUGCGUCUCCGAGUGGUCGCACAACUUCCGUCCCAGCUACCUGCGGCUCUGCAAGGUUCUCCGGGACCGUCUGGGCGUCCGCUGUUUCCUGGCUCUGACGGCCACAGCCACGGUGGCGACGGCGCGGGACGUGGCGGCACAGCUGGGCAUCCCGCAGCAGGACGGCAUCGCCGUGCGCAGCGCCGCCGUGCCACACAACCUGCGGCUCUCCGUGUCUGUGGAGCGGGACCGGGACCGGGCUCUCGUUGACCUGCUGCGCAGCGAGCGCUACGCCGCGCUCCGCUCCAUCAUCGUGUACUGCACGCGUCGGGAGGACACGGCCCGCGUCGCCGCGCUGCUCCGCACCUGUCUCGGAGCGCCCUGGUGGCCGGGAAGUGGUGGCCAACAAUCGGACGCGAUUGCAGCUGCGUACCACGCCGGGCUGUCGGCGGCCGAGCGGCGCCGCGUCCAAUCAGCCUUCAUGAGCGGCCGCCUCCGCGUGGUUGUGGCCACGGUGGCUUUCGGGAUGGGUUUGGACAAAGCGGACGUCCGUGCCGUGCUGCAUUACAACAUGCCCAGGAAUUUCGAGAGUUACGUGCAGGAAAUCGGCCGAGCCGGGAGGGAUGGAGAGCCGGCGUGGUGUCACCUCUUCCUGGACCCCGAGGGCUCCGACCGGCUCGAGCUGCGGCGCCACAUCUUCGCCGACGCCGUGGACUUUUUCACCAUCAAGAAAUUGGUGCAGGCCGUCUUCCCGCCCUGCAAAUGCCGGGAGCUGCACCGGCGCCGCUGCGCCCUCAGCAGG